GAAAGAUAUACCUAUACAUUUACUUCGGGAACAAAGGCGAUCUAAGCAGUGUGUCAUAGUUGCCCUGUCGGAUUAGUAGGCAAUAAGAUAUGCCUAUACUUCUUCGUUGUGUAUAAGUACUUGUAUAUACUAUUCGGAAACAGUCAGUGCGGUUUCGAGCGAUAUUCGAACACGUGUAAUUUUUCAAAAUGGCCGUAACGCCCGAUGUUGGUAGAGUUAAGAUCAUAAAACAAACCUACAAGUGGGAGAUUUCAAGAUCUUUUCUUAUGAACAUGAGUGUUGGCAACUAUUUGGAAUCAGUUGAAUUUUCAACAAACAGUAAAAAUUACAAGUGAAAAAUUUGUUUGUACCCUGAAGGAUAUAAUGAAAUGAGCAGGGAUUAUUAUUCUAUUGGCAUUUAUAAUUGCGAUAUAAUGAGAAGGGCAAGGGCAGCUACUGCAAGUGUUAGUCUUAUGUUAGUAUUAUAAACCAGAACGAUGAAAAAAUCGCCCAAUGUUCAUUUGUUAUAGAAAAUGAAUUUUGGUAUCGCAAUUAUCCUUCUCACCAUCAUGUUUGCAAAAAAUUUGUAAAACAAAGCAUCAUCAUGGAUGAGGCUAACAAAAUUUUAACUAAUGACCAAUUGAUAAUUAAAUUCAAAGUAGAUAUGGACUCGCCUAAACGUGAGACAAAUCAGAAUAUGAAGAGAAAGUCGGACCAAACCGAUGUAAAUUUGCGUGUGCAUCUGUGACACAACAAUUAUUGAAAAUUAGAAAGCUCGAGAAUCUGAUGAACGACAAGGAAUACUGCGAUAUGUCGUUUCUCGUCGACGGCAAAACGUUCAAAGCACAUAAAUGUAUACUCGCCAAAGAGAGCCCGGUGUUCGACGCUAUGUUCAAGAUUGACAUGAAGGAGAAACUGCUGAACGAAGUGAUCAUCGAAGAUAUUCGUCCUGAUAUUUUCGAAAAAUUGCUCCGUUAUAUGUACGUUGGCGAGGUCGAAGAUAUCCAGGCAAUCGCCGUCGAACUUCUAGUAGCUGCGGAUAAAUACGCGAUAGACGAACUGAAGCUCAAGUGCGGACAAUCGCUGAUCGAUAAUUUGAGCAUCGACAGCGCCGUGGAAAGUCUUGUGAUCACUGAUCGAUAUAACAUGAACCUAUUCAAAGCGACAGUAAUACAGUUCAUUACUUCUCACUCGGCUGGUAUCGUAGUAACACCUAGUUUCAAAUUGCUUACAGCUAUACCGCACGUUCUGUACGAGGUUUGUCUAGCCGUUGGCAUGAAAAAGUAGGUCUUGCGUACUUGUAAAAUUCAUGUAUAGAUUCGUAAAAGUAUGUCACAAACAGUGCGAUUGUUCGUUCUUAAAAAAAAUUAAUAAUAAAAUUAAUUGAAACUUAAA